AUGGCUGCAGCAGAGAAUGUUUGAGAAAUCCAAGGAGAUGGACGACAUCAAAUCAAGUUUCGAAGUUGAAAAGUACAGGAAGUUGUAUGACCCCCAGCACCAAUUUGACAAGGACAACGUAGAUAAGGAUCAAUGCUGGGAUAUAGCCAAUGCCAUGUUCAUGUACCAUCCGCGUCUGGUGUGAACAGCUUUUGCUCAGUCGUAGCCGAUCGUGGCGCUGCGCGUCCAGGCGCUUCGCAGCCAGUGUGUCCCAGGCGUGACACGGGAGGGAGGCUCCAGUCUGCAGCCAUACCCAACUCACUGCUUUGGAGAAAAGGGGUGUAGUUUGUGGUCCCAACUGAAGAGGUCAUACAAGCCUAUAAUCUGAAACCGGCUCAUUUCGCUCAGCCUUUUGAGCGUCUGCGUCCAUGUCGCAGAGAUAUCAAAUCACCAACUGGAAAGAUGCGCUCAUCGUUUGUCAUUGUGACAUUGUUAUUGACAGUGGCCAUCGCUUAUUAUGUUUACAUACCUUUACCCGCCACCAUCAAUGAACAGUGGAAGUUGAUGUUGUUGGAUGCUGGACUCCGCACUGUUAUUAAAAUGGGUGACGUGGGGGAGUGGCUGGGCCUGGGCAAUGCCAUAUCGUUGAUCCGGGGGUCUAUGUGGGGCUUGGAAGGGCUGAAGGACCUAAUGGAGGCAGGAGGGUUGGCAGGAGGCGGGGGCGGAGGGGUGAGGGUUAGCGAAGACACCUUCGGAGGUGUGCCAGUGCGGGUGUACGAGCCCCCCGCCGGAGGGGAGGGGCAGCUUCGGAGGGCAGUGAUGUACUACCAUGGAGGGGGCUGGGCCCUGGGCAGUGCCAAGGAUGGUUCUUAUGACGUGUUGACCAGGCAGAUGUCUGAUGAACUGAAUGCAGUAGUGGUGUCUGUGGAGUAUCGCCUGGCUCCAGAGGUUUUGUUUCCUGUGCCAUAUGAGGACUGUUUAAGCGCAGCCAAACACUUCCUGGAGAAAGGGGUUCUGGGUAAGUACUUGGUGGAUCCCCAGCGUGUGGCUGUGUCUGGAGACAGCGCGGGAGGAAACCUAGCAGCAGCAGUUGCUCAGCAGAUCGCCAUAGACGACAGCGUGAGCGUGAAGUUCAGCGUGCAGGCACUGGUGUAUCCCGCCCUCCAGGUUCUGGACCUCAACACCCCGUCCUACCAGCAGAACCAGGCCAUACCUGUCCUGUACCGGCCCUUCAUGGUCCGCUUCUGGCUCCAGUACCUGGGGGCCGACCCUGCCAUCCUGCCCCUGCUGGUAGCCAACAACCACAGCUUCCUCCACCACACGAGCAUCACGGCGGACAUGCGGGCCAGAGUGAACUGGAGUGUCCUGCUCCCGGCCAAGCACAGGGGACAGUACCGGCCGGGCGGAGGGGCGGAGGGCUCCCGGGGGUGGGUGGGGAAGGAGGUGGAGGGUGUGGGGGAUGUACGGGUCUCGCCCCUGCUGGCGGAGCCGGCCGUCCUGGCCAGGUGUCCGCAGGCAUACGUGCUGACCUGUGAGCAUGACGUGCUGAGGGAUGACGGGCUGAUGUAUGUCAGACGGCUGCAGGACGCCGGCAUCACAGUUACCAGCCAUCACUUGGAUGACGGUUUCCAUGGCUGCCUGAGCUUCAAGCACUUUGAAAUUGGGAAGCGGGCUUGCAGGGGGUAUAUCGCUUGGCUGCAAGAGAACCUGUAGGAUUUGUGUGUGUGUGUGAGUGUUUGGGCUUAUAUGAAUGUUAGAACCCAUUCCCAGGCACUAAACCCACUCUCACAUCCAGUGUGUUGUAAUCAUGGAUAUGAAAUGGUUGUUAUUGAUACAAUAUGGUUGUUACCAUAGAUACUGUGUGAUUGGUAUCAUAGAUACACUAUGAUUGUUAUUAUAGAUAGCAGAUGGUUGCACUAGGAUUUGGUCCACAAAGGCACUUACAGCAUUCCUCAUCUCUUUGCACUUGGCUUGUCCUGUCAUUGGUGUGUGGUCUGUCAGUGAGACUACAACUCUUUUCUCACCUCUUAUAUUUUUAGUGGUUCAGUCAACAUUUUAUGAAAUGUAUUAGCUGAAAGAAAUGUGUCUGAUCUGUGGUGGUCAGGAGGAUCAACUGGCUGGUCACUGGGUUUGAGUCAGGCCCAUUGUCCUGAACAAAAAGGUUGAAGUGUGUACAGUCACAUCCGUCAGGUGUCAGUGCAAAUCCUCUUAGCCAUGCUGUUCUGUGGAUCGGUAGCCUACAAACCUCUGGGAGUGUUAAUAAACAGAAACCUGACAGAC